CCCCCGCCGCCUCACGCUCAUAAAGCGACGCGGCAAAUGGUCCGCGCCAUGUUGCUCUUUGUCACAAACACGCCAAAAUGUUGCGGCGGUCAGGUGUGCGUCAAGUCAGCCCUCGCUAGCGGCACUUGGGAAUAAUUGCUGGUUGUUGUGCGCCCUCCCCCACCCCCCCGCUCCCUGCCGCACUGGUUCCGUCUGGCUCGCGCUCAGCUGCUGCGUGUCCCGGGAUGACCUGUUGAUGUCGGUAGAAUGGAGACUGGCAGGGGGAGCGAUUUCCCCCAUCACCAAAAUAUUUAAAUAAGCCACAUUUGGGUGCUUGAUAAGCGACUUUGCAGCCGAGCUACCUGGCCCGCGUAGACAAGCCUUUGUCGGUGUGCAUUGGCGCACCAUGGCCCAGACCCUCCAGAUGGCGAUCCCAAACUUUGGCAACAACGUUUUAGAGUGUCUGAAUGAGCAGCGGCUGCAGGGCCUUUAUUGCGAUGUCUCCGUGGUGGUGAAAGGGCAUGCUUUCAAGGCUCACCGUGCUGUUUUGGCUGCGAGCAGUUCUUAUUUCCGGGACCUCUUCAGCAACAGCAGCAGUAGUGGAGGCUGUAGCAGCAAUGAGGCCAGCCCAACAGUGGUGGAACUUCCACCGGCUGUGCAGCCCCAGAGCUUUCAACAGAUUUUAGCCUUUUGCUACACAGGCCGUCUGAGCAUGACUGUGGGGGACCAGUUCCUCCUCAUGUAUACUGCUGGCUUCCUGCAGAUCCAACAAAUCAUGGAAAAAGGCACUGAAUUCUUCCUCAAGGUUUCCUCCCCCAGUUGUGACUCUCAGGGUCUAAACGCAGAAGAGGCUCCCCCGUCUGAGCCUCAAAGCCCCGUAACACAGACUGGUACCGGCGCAGCCCGACCCGCCACCUGUUUGACGCCUCUCCCGUUGGUGUCACGUGUGAAGACAGAGCAGCCCGCGAGCCAGCCGGAAGCUGCUGCUCAUUCGGUUGUCUGCACUCCUGUCGCCAAACGAUUAUGGGAGGGUGGCAGCAGCCGUGAUGGAGGAGGAGCGGGCUCCGGCACAGGAGGCGGAGCUAGAAAGGCAGCACGUUACUCCCAGGAGGGAGUUCGAGGCAGCGCCAUCCAGAGCCCCGCAGCCUUAGGACUGGCCAUGGGUAUGGGUGCCACUGCAACCAGUCUGGCCGGAAUGGUGGCAAGUGGGGGGAUUAGUGGCAAUACAGGCACCAAUGGUACCUCUGCGUCCGGUGCGGGCAUGUCAGAGGGUGCCAGCCCAGGCACCUUGAGUACAUACGCUAGUGACUCACCCAUUAGCUACCACGACGAUGAAGAGGAAGAAGAGGGCACCGAGGACUGUGCUGAAGAGCAGUACAGGCAAAUCUGCAACAUGUACACCAUGUACAGCAUGCUCAACAUGGGGGCUGUAGCUGCUGGCGAACGGGUAGAAGCGCUUCCUGAUCACACCGAGACACGGGGGCGCAUGCGCGGGCGAGACCUCACCUGCCUCCCGGCAGAGCUUAUUGCCCAGAUAGGCAACCGUUGUCAUCCCAAACUAUAUGAGGAAGGAGAUCCUGCUGAGAAACUAGAACUAGUCUCAGGUACAUCUGUCUUUAUUUCCCGAGCCCAGCUAAUGAACUGUCAUGUGAGUGCGGGGACCAGACACAAGGUGCUGCUGAGGAGGCUACUGGCUGCCUUCUUUGACAGGAAUACGCUGGCCAACAGCUGCGGGACAGGCAUCCGCUCAUCCACCAAUGACCCAAGCCGCAAGCCCCUGGACAACAGAGUGCUACAUGCAGUCAAAUUUUACUGCCAGAACUUUGCUACCAGUUUCAAAGAGAGUGAGAUGAAUGCCAUCGCCGCCGACAUGUGCACCAAUGCCCGGCGAGUAGUCCGGAAGAGUUGGAUCCCUAAACUCAAGUUGCUGAUCGCCGAAAGCGACGCUUAUUCCGCCUUCCUCUCCGACGGCGUGAAAGCAGAGGACGACAACUUGGGCGCCGAUCCUGCUUUUGACCCCGCCUCUCUGGAAGCCUCUGCCGGCGCGGAGUCAGGUGGUUCCUCAGGUGAAUCCCUACCAGGCGUGAGCGGGGAUGUUGGAGCGUUAUUUUGAGCAUUGCGUUUGGGGACAUUUAGCGGAGCGCAGUAUUUCCCAGUCGUGCUUGCCUCAUCCCCUAUCACAUGACUGUCUAUAUAACACUGCUAAGGCUGUAACUGGGACAUGGGAACAACCUUUGCUUUUCUUUUCGGACUGUAUCACAGAGCUUCUAGAGGGGAGAGAAAGCAUGAACGGUCCCCCAGCUGUUCUCGGCCUCUCCUUGUCUUUUUAAGGUGUGUAAGCACAUUCAUUGUUGUGUAUUAAUGAAUACAUUCCCAGUAGAGUGAUUGGUAUGACUUGGUAGCAGAGGUUGAGGAGGUUGGGUGCAUGGAAAAUGAUGAAUUAGCUAUGGAAAGCCCUUUGACAUACUAGUACCCGUAUUUUCAAAAAUAUUGAAUAAAUGCUCAAAUGACUUAAGUUUUUUGAGUAUUUAUUUGAUAGCCUUGAUAUCCAGUUUAAAUUCAGUACUAGUACGCGAAGACAAUUUAGCACACUUGUACUAGUAAGACAUACUUGUUCAAAUUUGUGUGCAGAAUUGUGUUAUGUGUGAAGACAUAGAACGUGCUAGUACAUGGACCUGAUAACGGUUAGCAACCAAAUGCUCAAAUGACUUUCCAUAGUUAGUGGUAUGCAUUGAAUGUAAGCCUGGGGGGCAUUGAGAGAAUGCCUUCUUGUGCCAGUAAAUGUUAAAUGAAAAAAACAUAUAUAUAUAUACACCAGGGGUCGCGUUAACCGGAUAUUUUCCGUCGUUGACCGGUUUUUUAAAACGGUGACGGAAAAAACUGAAGUCCAUCCGUCAUUUUGACAGGUUGCAAUUCACACCCCAGACCACAGGGUGGCGAGUUAGCAUAUUAAUUAGCUAUUGUCUCUCUUAAUGCAUGACGUCGUUGGCUCUUCUGUCAGAAUAUUGUAGUGUCACCGGGGUCUGGCGGCGGCACCGUGAUUGACACAUCAACGCGAGGUUCUUAUUGGUGCACCAGGUGUGCCAGCGCGUCAUCCAAUUGAUGGACAAGAUUGCCGCCUGUGUAUAGACCCCAAUCACAUGACGUCACAACUCCGCCCCCCUGACCGGAGCCGCCAUAUUGUGUGUCAGCUCGUCAUGUUUACACAUUACCGCUACGUACAUGCCUCCUAUUACGGCGUGUUUUUCUGCUCGUUAAUAUUAAUAAUCAAAAUGGUGAAGGCGUGUGUGGCGGUUGGUUGCUGUAACAGAGAAGAUAGACGGAGAGACUUGAAGUUCUACCGUAUUCUGAGGGACCCGAAGAUGAGAGCGAGAUGGACUGCUGUAAUUCGACAAGAAAUCUGGGCACCAAACUAUCACCACAGACUAUGUAGUAGUCUUUUUAUAUCUGGUAAGAUGCAUUUAAUAUAUAUUUAGAAGAUUUGGGCUGACAACCACAAUUAAGAUCAUUGUGUGAUGUUGGUGAUUUGGGUCUAUAUCGUUGCCUCUUUUUCUUUGGGGGCGGAGUUGUUGGCGGUAAGCAGAGUAAAAAGGGAGAAAAAUACCACGACUUCCGUGUCUAAUUUUUCGCCGCCAAGCAAGCGUUACAAUAUUAAUUAAAAAUGAAUGAAUACUAAAUACUAUUGAAUAUGUCAUCAUUAUAAUUUUAAAAAUUUAAGUGACGGGUAAAAAUAGACUGUGACCGGAUUUUUAUGACCCUGUCAGUCAAAAUGACAGACAACGGAAAUGUCUAGCGCAACCUCUGAUAUACACGUAUAUAUAAUUGCUCCUCUUCCCAUUGCAUCCUCCACUCAUCAGUCUUCACUCUUCACAUUCUUUGCCCCGCCUGAAAUGGUGUAGACCAAAUCAACCUUUUUUGUGUUUUACCGUGCAGUGUUAUAUAAAUAUCUCAACUUUGUUUUCUAUAUUUUUAGAAAGCUUGAACGGUGAUCAAGAGAGACUGGGAGCAUCUUUUUACUUAGAUGAUUCUAAUCAGAAUUUUAUGGUCAACAGGUAAUCAAAGAUGGUCCUAUUUUUAGAAGAAAAGUUAUAUUUGUAUGCGUGCCCACACCGGCUGUGACGUGUGAGCAAGGCGAGCGAGAUGAGGAUUGUUUUAAAUUCUCACCGUUGUUGUAGGAGGUGGCGACUAAUGGGGUGAAGUGCUAUUUUUUACAGUAAAAAGUAGUAUGAUAAUGCACCACAGCUCCCUAAUGGCUUAAUGUUAUUUUAUGGAGCAGUAGGAUGGAAUGAGCAGUGGAACUGCUACUUUUGAAACAUUUCAUCGUCUGUUCAUGAGCUCAAAAGCAGUAAGACUGAUCCGGAUGGCUUGACUGUUUUCAAAAUGUCGUGCAGGGAAGUUAUGGCCCCAAUUAAAUGACUACUGUACUUUGUAUUCAAAUCAUGUUACGGGUGGGAAAACUGGUUACAUUUUGUACCCAAAUGCAAAACAACCAGAGGUAAUAUUUGUGGAAUAUUGGAAUGUGCCUUUUCAAUGAAAAUCAAUAAUUGGUUGGGACGGAGGAGUCUGAAGCAAUAUCGCUCCAGUCCAGUUUUUUUGUGUGUGUAUGCAUGUAUGCGUUGGAGAAUCUAUGUGUUUUGGUAGUUGAUACAUGUAGCUGGUGGCUUUUAUUUCGAAGGUGCUUUCAUAUGAGGCAGGGUGUAGGUUUUCGCACCUUAGGGAGAAGAACCGGUGGUUUUGUGCACCUUAAUGAGAAGUGGUGUGUCACAAUGGGACCCAUUUAGGUAGAAUUUGUCAUUUCCUCCAUCAAACCUGCACGUUCCCAUUUUAAAUGUCCUGGUAUAUGGAUGACUUUGUUACUGAUUCGUGUGUGUGUGUGUGUGUGUGUGUGUGUGUGUGUGUGGAUACUCUUUCAAGUUGAAAGCGUUGCACAUGCGUCUUCUGGAAUAUCCUCAUAGCUCAGACAGUUCAGAUAUGAAGGUUGUUUUUUUUCCCCUUAAGACAGGUGCAGAGUAAAUGGGAGCGACUUGCUGUGUUUCAUUUUUAGUCCUAGCCAGCUCAACCUCACUUAAAUAAGCAGCAAAUGAUAGCUACAGACCACCUUAUUCAUCCCUUUGAAACCACAAGAAUGUGUGUUGUAAGAAAAAAAAGUGCAAACAGAUGCAGUACUUUGGGAUUAAGCAGUAAAUAACUAUAAAACCUCAUACGAGCACUCCACUUACCUCUGCAGGAUCUUUUGAAGACUGUUGUGCUUCCAGGUGUCUUGUUCACCUCCACAGCAUCAACAGUGUUGUUCUUGGACUCAACUUUCAAAUGCUUACAGGCUUACAAAACUCUUUUGUCAUGAUGUUCUUCCAACAUGUGUUUUAUUACAUUUAUUUGCUAUGUUUUUCAAUGACCUCAUAAUUUGGCUCACAAAAAAAAAAAGUUUGAGAUUGAGCAUAAUUGUGUAAGAAUAGAGUUGAUUGUGUGGAAUUGAGACUGGCAAACUCCUAAAAGCGAGAAUAUUCGUGAUGAGAGAUGUACUGUGCGUACGUAUGUCUACUAAUGAUGCAUUGGCUUAUCUAGAUUCAUUUUGAACUGAUGAGUCAUUGACUCGCAGUGCAGUAGCAGCUGUGAAUCAGCACUAUUUUCCAAGGAAGAAAACAUUUGCUUGCUUUUACGUCAGCAGUCCGCUCAGAAUGCAUACAGUAUUCGGAUGUGGGCUCUCCCACUACAAACUCGGAUUGUAGGGCUUAUCAAGGUGAAACUUUAUGUGAAAGCCUUUGCCAAUACUGUAUGUCAAAAUAGAAGAUUUAAGAACUCAUGUUCCUUGUUUUUCUUGUUUUGAAAUUUGUUUACACUUUACACAUGUAGACCUACACACUUGAACGGAUAAGGUGUGGCAUGGCAUGGAGAUCCUUGUGUCACACAAUGGUACAUAUAUAAAUAUGAUAUAUACUGUACAUGUAUAGACAAAUACUGUAUAUAAUGCAUAGACACGUGUAGAGGUAAGAUUGUUUGUUGUACACUCACAGCAUGAGGUAUAUCCAGUAUUUACCCUGAAACGGCGAUGCUUGUUCACAACCCGCGCAGGACUGGCUUGCCCCCUUUGCUCCUUGCCCCGUGUAAAACCCCCGUAAGCGCCGGUUCACCUCUUCUUUCUGUGUUCCAAGUGCCAAUAACUUUGUGAAAGCCCUGUAACUGUGAUCCAACAUUAUCGACGGUAAUUGCACAUUAACAAACUGUAAAAUAAAGAGAAAGUGUCCAAAUGGAUUCAAUGAUGAAUAUCUUAAUAAAGGAUUUGUAACAAUUUGUCUAUUCAAGUGUUAUUUUUCCAUGUUUUUGUUCUGC